CCUGACAUGUUGUAACUGGUUUCCACACCCACCGCGCCUGAGAGCGACGGGAAGUACCUGCGGGGAGCCCUGCGCCGUCCUGACUCGCCGCGGCCGCGAUCGCAGGAGCUGGGUCUCCCGCCGGGCCGGGAAGAGCCGGGAAGAGGCGAAGUCCCCCCGCGGGUCAGCGGCGCAGUAUAUUUCACCAACUCACAAAUGGAAGUAUAAGAGACUUUGUACAAAAUAUAUGUGAAAAUGGAGACCUCAUCUUUACUAUCAUCCCUACAUGAUGAAUGCAGAUCAGACAACUUUAUUGAGCCUCAUUACAAGGAAUGGUACCGAGUAGCUAUUGAUGCUCUAAUUGAAGGAGGUUUAGAAGCCUACAAAGAAUUUCUUUCGAAAGAGAGAUGUUCAGAGUUCCUUGCAGAUGAGGAAAUUGAUUAUAUUUUGAACAAUGUUCAUAAACUUCCCCAAAACACAGUUUAUUCCUCUAACAAUGCCAUUGAUGACACCUCUUCCUCGGGAACCUACUGGCCUAUUGAAUCAGAUGUGGAAGCUCCAAAUCUUGACUUAGGUUGGCCCUACCUGAUGCCUGGAAUUUCUGGUGGCACAAAUAUCGAUCUGCUUUUUCAUCCCCCACGAGCACAGCCUUACACCAUAAAGGAAACUAUUCGGAAGAUGAUAAGAGAUGCAAGAAAGGUCAUUGCCAUAGUUAUGGAUAUGUUUACAGAUGUGGAUAUCUUUAGAGAAAUUGUAGAGGCAUCUACUAGAGGGAUUGCAGUGUACCUCCUGCUUGAUGAGUCAAACUUUGGUCACUUUCUGAAAAUGACGGAGAAACAAGGCUGCCAAGUUCAAAGGCUCAGGAACAUGAGAGUACGGACAGUAAAAGGACAAGAUUACUAUUCUAAAACAGGAGCAAAAUUCCAUGGAAAAAUGGAACAAAAAUUUCUGCUGGUUGACUGUAAGAAAGUUAUAUAUGGUUCUUACAGCUUUAUGUGGUCUUUUGAAAAAACCAACCUCAGUAUGGUUCAAGUUAUAACAGGACAGCUGGUUGAAUCCUUUGAUGAAGAGUUCAGGACACUGUAUGCCCGUUCUUCUGUUCCUAGUUCAUUUGCCCCUGAAUUAGUGCGGGUAAACAGCCGCAGGACGCUCUGGGAUAAUGACACAUGCCAACACUCAGUGUCUUCCUUAGCUUCAGUUUCUAGCCAAAGAAACCUUUUUGGUAGACAAGACAAGAUUCACAAGUUAGAUCCUGUUUACUUGAAAACUCGUGGACGAUUUGCAGUAAAUGAAAUAGAUAAAUUUGGCUUGAGAAAUCAAACUUUUAAUAAACAACCAUUUCAUCCAGGUUUUAAUAUGCAAAAUCCAAUCCAGCAGUAUCAACCUAGUGAAAAAAAUGAGCACUGGAAGAGACAUAGUUAUGCUGGGGAGAAGCCAGAAAGGACACCUUACCUACUGCUCAACAGAGCUAUUAAUAGAGCCAAUAAUCCAUCAAAUACUUGGAAAAUGCCAUCUGAUAGCCUUAGUAUUGUAUCUUCAUUACGAGGAGGAUAUGCAAAUAAUUACAAUACACCCCAACAAAGUUUUGCUGAUCAAUUUUCACGACCAAAGGUAAAUCUUGCAGAAAGAAAUUCAAUUGUACGGAGGUCUUUUAAUGGGACAGAUAAUCAAAUCCGCCAUCUGCAGCAAAGGAUGCCAACACUCGAACACACAACAAAAUCAUUCCUACGUAACUGGCGAAUUAAGUCAUAUUUAAAUGACCAUUCUGAUUAUCCAGUAGAGUCUAAUGGAUCAGUCUUGGGUGACAGAUAUGAUGGCUAUGACACAACUGAAAAUAUUAAAGCUCAUGCUCUGUACUCCCACUCUCGCUUACGAUCGUCAUUAGUGUUCCAGCCAACUUUACCUGAACAACAGGAGGUAAGCAGCUGUGCAAGUUCUUCAAAUUCAACUAUAAUUGGGUCAGAAGGAAGUGAAACACCUAAAGGGACAUCUAAUCAUGCACCAAGUUUGGAAAAUGGAACAGGUAAUACUUCAGAAGAGCUUAGCGCAAAUGCCUCACCUAAAUCAGAGGCACCCAAAAACCACAAAAUUCAAAUGGCAGAAAGCAGAAAGCCUACUGUAAAUUCGAAUGCAGUAGGGGACCCAUCUGCCUAUAUAUACACAACGCUCUGUGCAGACAAGCAUGCAGAAAACAUGAAAAAUCUUCAAAAUGACAAUAUCCUUAAAAGAAGAAGCUUUCCCAUGUUUAAUUCAAAGUCUAUAUUGGACCCUCAUGCUGAUAAACACACAUCCAGUUAUGUUUACAGCACACUGACUAGGCAUAGGCUUAAGCAGCCAGUUAGUCCAAAAAUUCCAGAAGAUACACUAAAGAGCUCUAAAAGUUUGCAUAGUAUGGCCAACCAUUUACCACAGGAGGAAAAGGAUCUUAAAGAAGAGCUGAAGAGCCCAACUGCUACCAAGGCAAUCUCUAUGGCUGUUCUUGCUGAAGCUAUCAAAGAGGAAUCUGGUAAGGAUUGUACAUCAAAGAAGGAAAGUAAGAAUUCCCCAAAUUUUCUAAAGAAAGGAUCCCAAAAAUUGCGGUCACUUCUUAAUCUCACACCAGACAAGAAAGAAAUCUUGUCAAAAAACAAAAGUCCUGCUUUUUACAGAAUGUGUAGUAGUUCUGACACUUUGGUUUCUGAAGAAGAGAAUCAAAAACCAAAGGUAUCUGAAAAUAAGACAGAUUCUUCCCCAAGGAGAAAGAGAAACACAUCAAAUUCACAAGGUAGCUUGAACAGAAGUAAAGAAGAUGUCACUUCAAGCCCAUCAAAGUCUCCAAAGUCUCCAAAGUCUCCAAAGCCUCAAAAACCUCCAUCUGAUGAAAGCAAUAAAAAGUGUCCUGUCUUGUGCCCUCUUGAAACUAAGUUCAUAGAAACUGCAGGAGAUGCAUCUACCCCAAGAUUUAAUACGGAACAGAUUCAGUAUCAAGAUGUAAAGGAAAUUACCACAAAUGCUGCUCCUGAGAGUGCCCCUGUUUGUGCUCUACAAAGAGCAACUUCAGUGACACCGCAACUGGCAAGCUCAAAACAUCAAGAGGAUCUCAGAUCUCGUUCAAGUGAAAGACGUGUUUAUAGUCGCUUUGAGCCAUUCUAUAAGAUGGAAAAUGCUAGUCAACUUGCAGGAAAUACACUAAAUAGCAGUUCACAUCUCUCAGAUAUGAAAAGCAAGACCUUAGGGAAUAACUAUGGCAGAAGUAAUCACCUGGUCAGCUACAACUCAACUGCUUAUCAUCCAUUUCAGCCUAAUGAAAAUAAACUGAGAGGAUUCAUGCAGAAAUUUGGGAACUUUCUACACAAAAACAAGUAGAACUUCUGCUACUGUUGUUGAUAUACAGCAAGAAUAGCAAAGCUGUACAUUCCUAACUGGACAAGGCCGAUGAACUUUUUUGUGGUUUUCUAGUUUUGUAGAACUUAUUUAGGUUUCUUCAGAAUCGAGGACAAUUGAAUGAAUGUACAUAUUUUUACAUAAUUACCCUAGGAUUAUUAUACUUCAAUCAUUACUGAAAUUCUGUGUCCAGAAAACAUCUCAAGGGAGUUGUUUAUAGUGUUUAUAUUGUAAGAUUACUUUUAUACGUUUUCUUUGUGAAGAAAGUAUGUGUUAGCAUCUUGUAAGAUUGCCUGUGGGGGAAAAGAAAUAUGGAGAGUGUUUUUAAACUUCAAAUAAUACCAUUUCCAAAGAUAUUCCCUUUAAAAAUAGGAUAGCACUAGGAAUAGUGGCUUGCAUCUUUUCAGCAUUUAUGUACAUUUUCAAAUGAUAAACACAGAUGUUAAUGCAUUGCACGUUACUUAUCUUUAAACUCAUUUUUAAACCCUCUUAUAGAUUUCAUCUUGGUAAUAAUUUACCCCCUAGCAUCGUAUUGAGCUGUUUAGGCAGCAGAUGGAUCUUCAUUGAAUUUUCCGUUUAAUAUGAUGUUUUCUGAACUAUUUGGCACACAUCUUAAAGUGACCUUAAUCCAAGCUUUUACAGACUUGUUUACAUGGCUAAAGUAAUGUGAAUGUAGGAUGAAUGUUGAGAAAAAGAAAGUAACAAAAAAAGACCCCCAACAGUUUAUAAACAGGGUGCCUUCAAAAGAACUUACAACUGGUUUAAAUUUCAGUGAAUUAAGUACUUUUGUAUAACAUGCCAGUAUUCUGUAAUGUAUUCUAAAAAUAAUUUUUUUGUUAGAUUUUUCUGUUGUUUCCAUGAAAAAAAAGUGGAUUUCCAUUUCUCAGGUAAGUCUUAGAGUUUCAUAUGCAACAGUCUGUGUAAAGUGUUACCAGAUUAUGUACAACUCUGCCUUUAAUAACCUAUUUUUUGAUAGUAAGGUUGCAAGUGCUUAGACCAGGCAUGUGAGGGAGGUUGUAAACUCGACACUGCAAUACUUGAAUAUUCCAUGCCCUGUUGCUUUAUGUCAGGAGGAUUGUCAGAAGGCCAGGAACAAUUAGAUAUCUAAAAAUGAGACUGAUGAAAGCCACCACAUCAAGCAAUAUGACGCCUCUCCUAAAGUAUCAAUGAAGGGUGAUAGCAACAAUUGUUUAACAUUAGUGAACGUAUUCAGGCACCUAGUUGCAAUCUAAGGGGAUGUAUCUGUGUGUUCAUUCAGACUCUCAGUCUCUCAGUCAUAAGAACUUUCUUGAUAUUAAAUGCCCAUAGCAGAUCAGUGCAUACAGAAAAACACAGGGACAUGGCAUCUGCUUCUUCUGCGGCUCAUAGUCAAAGCAUCCACCUGGCUCAUGGCCCUCCUUGGUGGUGGCUUUUCUUUUAGGAGAGCACCUGUAACCAUUUAGCUGCAAGAUGCUCUGGGACAGGCUUGUUUCAUUUGAAUUCUGUAAAGCUCUUCCACCACACUUUACAUAAUUACAUAUUAAGAGGGCUGAAGACAAUAAAAUGGGCAUUUCUCUGAUUAUGGCAGUCAGCAUUUUGGAAAGGCAUAUUCACAUCCUUGCCUUGCUAGCACACCUGCCUCUUCUCAGUAUAUGUCUUAGGCAUGUUUUGAGAACAGCAACUGAGAACUAAGUUCUAGUGGGAUCAUGAAAGAUACUUUUUUAGGAAAAAAAUAUACCUUCAGCAGGCACUGGGCAACUCAGCAUUUUGGGGGAUUUAGGCAAUAUUGUAAAUAUUCAGCAACAGAAAUUUGGGUAACUUCAUUGCUGAAAGCUUACGUACCUUAUACAGGGUUUUCAUGUUUCAGGAGCAUGUUUUGGGAGACCGUUUCACUUUUAGACCUGAAAGGUCCUACAGCAUUCCAUGCUGGAGUCCCAUUGCGGAGGUUGUGGUUUGUCUUUUAAAAACAUCAAAAAGGCAUUUCAUGCCCCAGCUCAAUUGAGUUCAUUUGUCUGUGCUACCUAUGGUGCUGAGAGGAGAUUUUACAUGGAAAUCUCAUCACUAAGAAU